CGGGCCGCUUCCCGCCCUGGGCACCAUGAGUUAUUUCCUAUCUUACUGUAAAGCUCAUGGCGGCGCACUGCUCACCGGCUAUCAGGCCCUGCGCGCCGAGGGCUUCCUGUGUGACGUGACGCUGGAGGCGGAGGGCAGCGAGUUCCCGGCCCACAGGUCGCUCCUGGCGUGUUCCAGCGACUACUUCAGGGCCCUGUUCAAGAGCCACACCCGGGAGUCCAGGGCAAGCGUGAUUCACCUGCACGUGCCGUCGGCGGCCGGCCUGCAGCGCCUGCUGGACUUCAUCUACACCGCCUGGCUGCCGCUCUCCAUGGACACGGUGGAAGACACGCUGGAGGCCGCCAGCUACCUGCAGGUGACCGAGGCACUGGGGCUGUGCGGCCGCUACCUGGAGCGCCAGCUGGCUCCCGACAACUGCUGCUUCGCCGCCAACGUGGCGGCGCGCUUCGGCCUGCUGCACACGUUGGGCGCCGCGGAGCGCUGUAUCGCGCGCCACCUGAGGGAGCUGCUGCUGCGGGGCGCCGGCCCCGCGGGGCUGCUGGAGCUGAACCCCACGUCGCUGAAGGCUCUUCUGGGUGCCCCCGACCUGGCGCGGGUGCCCGAGUCCUGGCUGCUGGGCCUGGCACUGGCCUGGCUGCGGCAGGAACCUGAGGCCGAACGCCUGGCCCACUGCGCCUCGCUGCUCGAGCGCGUUCGCUUCGGCCUUGUCCCUGCCGACGUGCUGCGGCGCGUGUACUCGGGCUCUGGCCUCGACCUGCCCGCGCGGGUCAAGGGCCUCAUCAUCCAGGCCCUGAACUACCACCGGGCGCCCUCCCGCCAGCCGCUGUUGCAGGGCGAGCAGACCAGCGUCCGCAGUCCCCAGACCCGCAUCUUGCUGGUAGGGGGGCGCAGGGCUCGGGAGGCGGUGACCGAGGAGGUCGUGGUCCCCCAGAGGGUAGCCAGGGGCCGGGGCGCCGCGCCGGAGCCCCAGGAGGAGGAGGAGGAGGAGGAGGAGGAGGAGGAGGAGGAGGACUGGGAGCUCACCCAGGACGUGCUGGCCUUCGACGUGUACAACCACCGCUGGCGCAGUCUCACGCGGCUGCCUGCACCGCUCCUGGGGCACAGCGUGUGCACCGCAGGCAAUUUCCUGUUCGUCCUGGGCGGGGAGAGCCCUCCGGAGGCCGCCUCCUCGCCGCUGGCAGAUGGCCCGCGGCCGGUCACGGCGGAGGUGCACCGCUACGACCCGCGCUUCCACGCUUGGACCGCGCUGCCCGCUAUGCGGGAAGCGCGGGCCCAUUUCUGGUGCGGCGCGGUGGGCGAGGGGCUGCUGGCCGUCGGGGGUCUGGGCGCGGACGGCCAGGCGCUGGCGUCUGUGGAGAUGUAUGACCUGCGCCGGGACCGCUGGACGGCGGCCGCGGCGCUGCCGCGGGCGCUGCACGGCCACGCGGGGGCCGUCGGGGACCGUGGCGUCGUGUACAUCUCUGGGGGCAAGGCGGGAAGCGGCGAGGGCGGAGCGAGCAGCCUCCGGGACGUGUACGCCCUGGGCCCCGGGGAGCGAGUGUGGAGCAAGAGGGCGCCCAUGAGCACCGCCCGCUUCGGGCACCACAUGGCCGUGCUGCGCGGCGCGGUGUUCGCCUUUCUGGGGCGCUAUGAGCCCUUCUCGGAGAUCGAACGCUAUGACCCCGGCACGGACCAGUGGACCCGGCUGCGACCGCUGCCCUACGAUCGCUUCUGCUACGGGCUGGCCGUGGUGGAGGAGACGGCGCUGCUGCUGGGCGGCCUCAAGUGGCGGGAGUCGAGGCAGGUGCCUACCCGCAACGUGGUGGGCUAUGACCUCGACCUGGACCGCUGGGAGGACAUUGGCUGCGCGCUACCCUGGGCCUGGAGCGGCCUCCAGUGCGCGGUGCUGCAGCUGGCUGAGGGCGGGGACGAGGAGAGGGAGGGCGGGCGCGCAGGGGCGCCGGAUUUAGUGCUGGGCUUAAUGGGGUAGUGCGGUCUUUGGCGACGGAGGAGAGAAAGUCGCGCAUGGGCAGGCUUACGGAGUGACGCGUGGGCUUGCCCUAAGAACGGGACUCGGGGGGCAGAGCGGCUUCUGAAGUUUAAGGAUGUACACGAGACCUUGGUGAAAGAACAUUCCCCCUAAGCUGAGGACUUCUGGGACGGCUCAUGCUGGUCUAGAGGUGGACUUUUAAAAAUACAAUAUGACCCUGUUCUCCCUCUGAUAGUUAAAGUGUUUCCCUAGGUGCUAACCAGUGAUUUCUUUUGUGCCAAACAAACAAGGCCAAAAAUGUUGGCCGCAAGAAGUUCUAUGCAAAACCCAGAAAAUUGUUAGCUAUAAGGGUUGUAAUAGUCGGAAAAGAUGGCAUUAUCUGAAUAAAUAGAGAAGGAAAGUGCCUUCAGUAAAUAGUGUGGGAUCAUUAUAAGGAGAACUAUGAUUUCAGGAUUCAGAACUAUGUAUGGUUCUGCUCUGAUGGUUUAAUAUAAAUGUAGAACUGAGAGGGGGAAAAAAUCUCUAAGUUUUGUUUUGUUUUUGAAAAAGUGGCCUGCGUUAAGUUUUUCUGUCCCUCAUCCUUACCCCUAGCCUGCUUUUGCCCUGGCUUUAGGCAGAAAAUUGGUUUUGUUUUAUUUCAGUAGUCCUUAGCCAUAAUAAUCAGGUUCUUCAGGUUAUGUGGAACAUCUAGCAAAACCCAAUCCUAUUUCUUUCAUCUUCUUUAAAAGUUCAUUAUGCAGACAUGCCAGUAGGUUAUAGUUGUAACACACACACACACACACACACACACACACACACACACACACACACUUUUGGCGGUCCCUUCCCCUCCCCCAACCUCCCAAGAAUCAGCAGAAAGGAAAGAAGAGUAGGUGAAAUUUUCAAGUUUGUGUCAGCUAAACGGGAAAGGAGUUUGAUUUUGCAGGGUCUCAGAAAAGAUACUGGCACACACUGAACAGCUGCUGCUUCUGGCUUGUACUGCGGAUGGAGUGGCAAA